AUAUUUUUCCACAUCCCUAGCGUUGGUUUUAAUUUGUUUGUGUCGGCGGCGUCGGUUUAAAAAUCAAAGUACUUUUUGUCGUGGAAACUGCUGUUGACGUAUUUCCUGUGCUGAAAAACUCGAACAAAAGAGAGAUCGUGAAACACGUAGAAGGAAACCCAACCAAUGUUAAGCAAGAUGGCUAGCAACACAACUGGAGGAGGAGCUGGUUCCGGAGGCACUGGCUCGGGACGUCGUCUACCGCUCUCGCUAAGCGGCGGCACCAGUGUGUCCCGCCUGCAGCAGUCAUCUGGCAGCAACGGGCGCUCAAAUAGCCCCCAAAACGGCAACAGAAAAAUCACAGAGUCAUUUGUACCCGUGAAAAGGACAACCCAAAUACGUACCUCGUCCACCAGCUCUUCAGUCGGCGGAGCCAGCCAGAAUGGUGUCGGCAAGUCUUCCAACGGCAAGGAAAAACCUCAGAACGGAAACUCCUCGAGCAAGGACCAGAAAUCUAAGGACAUGCCAGAAAAGAAGGAAAAGGAGGUGGAGGUCGAGAAGAAGGAUAAAGAGGUUGCAGCUGAAAAUAAAGAUCAGGAUAAAGCUGAAAACAAGGAAGUCGUAGCUCAGAUGGAGGUCUUAGAAGUUCCCUCUGAAAAGAAGGAACAUCAAGAAGAAACCAAGAAGACUACCACCGCAGAAAUUUCCACACCUGCAACUCAACCAGAUGUUGUAGUCCUCGACGAUGUCAUUGACAUUACUCCAGAACUAAGCACGCCCAGCAAGGAUCGCAAAUCCAUUCGCAAGUCGGGAAGCCAACAAAAGUCUCCCAUCAGCAAGUCGAUCGCCGCUUCGCCAUCCCAGAGUAAGGAAACCGAAGCAGUUCCAUCUACAUGUGCUGGAUCGCUCACUCCACAGGAGGACGUGGACAUGGAACCGCUCCAAGUGGAUGCCUCCCCUAUACGCAGCGUCCACGGUAAUUUGAAUGCCCUACCGGCGGCCACAUCCACACCCGGACGCAGUCUCUUCAGCUUCCGCGGCAGCAGCAAGCAGUCCACCGAGGUAGAUCUAGCUGCCCAGACUUCUGGCUCGCCGGCUGGAACUCCGGCCCGCACCUUUGCCCAGAUCAGCGGCAGACGCAGCAUACGGACCAUCAACUCGCUGACUCCCUCCAAAGUGGGCACCUACAGGAGUGGCAACAGCGACCUGGACACCUCGAACUGCACAAAUGCUAGCAUGAACGCUACCGUGGGAUCGGAGAUCCCCAACAGCUCGUCCUUCUCGUUCUUCUUUGGCCGUGGUCGUAAACGCGACCGCACUCCCCCACCACUUUCUGCAUCUCAGUCGACUAACGAUCUGGGACAAGACGUGGAAAUGUCGCCGCCAAAGCGCGCCCGUUUCGAUUUGUUUAGCCACCUGGCCUCGCCCUUCAGUAUGCUGCGCUCGAGGUUCUCCAAGACCACAAUCAGUUCUCCUGCCCGUUUGCGUCUGGAUCUGAACGGUUCCGGCGUGGAGGAGCAACAGGCACACACCUCUUCGAGCAGCGUGCCGGAAGAAGUUGAGGUAGAGGAGGAGCCGCCCACCGAGGAUGUGACCGUGGGCCAGGAGGCCGGUCUGGAGACGCCCAAGAAGGGCGGCUCGCCCAAUAAGGAAAUCCCCGCCGAGAAGGAUGUCGGGAAGAACGCCGAUGGCAAGGAUGUCGAUGAGACAUCCGACGGGGAAAACAUUCCUCCCGCCAUUGAGGUCGGCGAUGAGACCGGAGCCGAGGCCAAAUCCCGCUGCUCAAUUAUGUAAUAGGACAAACAAACCCUUCCCUUAGCUGAUAAGUUUAUGUUUCCCUCGUAAAAUAUGUGUUAAGACGUAAAGUUACAUGUUUA